GUGUUUGUGGGUAGAUAAGUAGACCACACUGAUAUCACGCACGUAAUUAACAAACAAGCUUGUGGACUGCCCGCGUGAAAUCUUCGCCACAACCUUCCGACUCCGAUGGCUGCAGCAGAUCCAGACGACUCCAGUCUCACGCACGUGGACAGCACGGACGAAACCGACGGCUAUGUUCCCGUCGCUGGAAACAUCGACGUGUUUACCAGCGGCGUAACCGUCCAAGACACGCACGACGUCCACGAUUCGCUGCUCUUCGCUCGACUCGCUGCGUCUAAACGGCACAACAUGAAAGAGGCGCCAAGAGAUUGGUACGGCAUGUUUGUCGCGGUGUUAGCCAACGUCGGCUGGAAGAUGAACAACGAACAAUUUCAAGAGUUCCAUCAGAGCUCCUCUUCCUCGUCGUUUAUAGAUUUUGUCUCGGACACAAUGCGCGAAGCAGCCACCGAGGAAGAGGCGACAGCGAUCAGUAAGAGGCUACGCAACAUGCUGUCGUCACCAAAGAAGGUAAAACAGUUUGAAGACCUAAUCUCUGAUGGCACCAACGGACACUUUGAAGUUACAGUGGCAUCUCGACAACCCACCGUUGGGCUUACUCUGCUCGUCAACGGAUAUUAUUUCUCGUUGAGAACACGUGGUCAACACCAUUCUUUCCAGAUGCGAGUCCAACUGUCUGAUCUCUUUUUCUGUACGUCGACUGCUAGGCUGGAACUGAACGAGAAUGUCUACGCAACGGCGAGGCAAGACAUCAGAAAGAAAUUAGAAAAACGAGAGCGAAAGAUAGCCAAGAAAAAAUCAAAAGAGAAGAUGGAGAGAGAACCAGAAGAGAAAUAAGACAGAAGUUGUUAGCUGCAGUGUUUAGACUUUGUGUUUCAUGGAGUUUACAAUGUUAAAGUCGAGUUCGUCAACAGAACGCAAAAUGUAUAGAACUCUGUAUUCUUCUUGUCUGCAUGUACCGAAUAAAGUAUUCAAAAGAUGUCUAA